AAAGCAAUUGGGUUUUUAGGGUUUCUUCUGUCGUCAGAAUCUUUGUGGGUUUUGCUCUUCGGCUCUCUGAUCUUCUACUCAUCUUUAUCGCCAUGACUGCUCAGACCCAGGAAGAGCUUCUCGCCGCUCAGCUCGAGGAGCAAAAGAUUAAUUCUGAUGAACCUAUAAUUGAGGAUGAAGACGAUGAUGACGAUGAUGACGAUGAUGACAAGGACGAUGAAGAUGCUGAAGGGCAUGGAGAGGCCAGUGGCAGGUCUAAGCAAAGCAGAAGUGAAAAAAAGAGUCGAAAAGCAAUGUUGAAGCUAGGAAUGAAGCCAAUCCCUGGUGUGAGCCGCGUAACGGUCAAGAAGAGCAAGAAUAUUCUUUUUGUCAUUUCAAAACCAGAUGUUUUCAAGAGUCCCACUUCAGAUACCUACAUCGUUUUUGGGGAAGCAAAGAUUGAAGAUUUGAGCUCCCAGCUACAGACCCAAGCUGCAGAGCAGUUUAAGGCACCUAAUUUGAGUAACUUAACAUCGAAGCCUGAACCAUCGACCGUGGCUCAUGAUGACGAAGAAGUUGAUGAGACCGGGGUCGAUGCCAAGGACAUUGAACUAGUGAUGACUCAAGCUGGUGUAUCAAGACCGAAGGCCGUGAAAGCACUCAAAGCAACUGAUGGCGAUAUUGUAUCGGCUAUAAUGGAACUUACAAAUUAAUAAGAAGAAUCAGGAGGAUGUUUUAGUUGGAAUCUUUUUGCCUUGUUUUCCCCCAUAUGUUUUAACCUGCAGAAUUUGAAGUUGAGAGAUUGCUUGGUUCUUCUGUAAACUUUGGUAUUAGUUUUUAUAUUACAUUGUGCUGAUUAUUAGCCACAAUUUUAAAGCUUGCGGCAGUUCUAAUAUUAUGUCCCUUCUGAGACUA